AUGUCAUAUAGUAAAAUAGUGUUUCAGCCAUCUGUGGAGGUGCAGAGGACACUUUCUAAAAAUCUGAAUGCUGUGUGGAAGCUCACAUUCCUCACAGUGACGUGUCCCAACGAAGCCUUCACUCUGAGUGCUGCCUUCAGGGAGUGUGAGUCUCGGAAACUAAAGCGGCAAAUAAGGAGCGAGACUCUGAGGCAGGCAGAUAGCAAGAAGGCUGGCCGUGGUGUCUGGUGGCAAGCAGGGCAGGCCCGGUCUCGCUCAGGCUCAGACUCAAGCUCAAACUUAAACUCAAGAAAAGGGAGAGGCCAACAUCUAGUUCACGCUGCACUCAUUGCCACUCUUCUUCUGAGUUCAGCACUUGGAGAAGAGGACACAGUGGCAGAGGAUAUUGGUGUCCAUCAGUUGGAGCGUUUAAUAGAGCUGUUGACAUCUCAGGAGUGCGAGGAGCUUCUGUCUGCCCUCUCUCACCCAGAGGAGAACAUCUUCCAACAUCUUGAACGCCUCUCACCAGAAAAAAAUCAACUUGAUCUCAAGCCCCGAGCCAAGAGAGACACUUCUUCUGAUGAUGAUGGCGAGACUCAGUGCCGGACGGCCCUGACAGACUGGCUGAUGAGGUACGGUGAGGAGACCUACUACGACAGGCUUUCUCGCGCCUUGCAGCACAUCGGUAGAACAGACAUUGCCAUCGAAGUGGGGAAGAACAUCAACCAGGAAAAAGCCUUGAACCUGAAACGCUACGUUGAAGACUAUCACAAAUAUGUCAGCUCUUUAAACUUCCCAUCGUUCCAACCAGAUGCAAAAGACCACCAGCAUGCAGGACGGAGGGUCAGAAAAAGAAAAGUAAGGGAUCUGACAUGGCGGGACCUGGAUCUCAUUGUGGAGCGGGCUCCUGUUCCGCUGUACCAGAAGGGGCCUUCAGAUGUACUUCUUCCCCUGUUGUAUGGCAUCUUGGUGGGCUUCGGAGGCACUUUGCUUGCAGGCGUCUCUAUACUCCUCAUCAUCAUCCACAUCUCCCGAAAAAAACAGAAGAGCCAUAACCCCAGGGUCACCAGCAGCUCUAGCCAUAAGAUCCAGGUGGAAAAUGUGAUGUUGGAAGAUGAUGUUUCUGGGAGGUCAGAGGCUGAAAAAUAA